AUGCAGGCGAAGACAAAACUAACGGACAACGUUUUGGAGCAUAUAGAAUACUAUAAAACAACAAAACCAAGUAUUUACGCUCGUGAAAUCCGUGGCAAAUUACUAGAAGAUGGUAUCUGCACACCAAUGACUCUCCCCGGUCUCACAAAAAUAAAUGUAGCGGUUCGUGAAAAUUUCAACAUGUCACGAAAAAUAAUCUCAAGUGUGCUUGCAGAAUCAUGCACUGAUCGGAACAUUGAAAGACAAUUGGAUUUCAUGGAGGAGGUAUCUAAUUAUACUCCAGAGCAGCUUCAUUGGUUUGACGAAUCAUCGGUAGUACAAACAACGGGAAACCGCAGAUACGGACAUUCUGUUGUUGGAACCCAAGCCGUCGAAAUACAACGAUAUGCGUCAAAUGCUACGUUCACGGUGAACUUGUUAAUGGGAGUAUUUGGAAUUCACCAUGUUGACGUAAUUUUGGGACCGUCCAAUGGUUAUGAAUUUCUAAAAAAAUUUCACGAAGCUAUUGAACAAAAUAAUGACAUGGGGAAUCCCGUCUUAGCACCGGGUGAUUAUAUCAUAAUGGACAACUGUCCUUUCCAUCACGCAAGACAUGUUGAACAGAAUUUAAGGCGCCUGCUUGAUCAACUUGAAGUACGGCUAAUUUUUCAGCCACCAUAUAAUCCACAAUUUAACGUUUGUGAAUACUGUUUUCGACAUUUAAAGUUCGAGCUUCGAAGCAAUCCAAACCCAAGAUUCGUGUACAAUUUCACUGAAUUGGCAGUUGCAGACAAGACAAGUUGCAGACAAGACUCACUCUAG